AUGUUGUGCGAGGAAUUGCAGGAAAAAGAUGGCUUGGAUUUCAUGAAUGAAAAUAUGGAUUUAACGCCAUAUUUAAAUGAUUUGAAUGAUUUUAUUGGAAAUGAUACAAUGUAUGACGAUAUGAUAAUUGAUAAGGAGCGAUUCAUAGAAAAUUUGUAUGAAGAUAAUAAUUUAUUUAUCAGUAAAGUCAAUGAUAUAAUAUCAAACGAUGAGACAGGGACUGAUAAUAACUUAACAAAGGCUUCGCCAGUUUUUCAAUUUAAAGACAUAAAAGUCGAAAAUUCCGAAGAAGAUAUAAUAUUUAAAGCGGAAUGUUCAACAUCGUCAAAUAGAAAUCCAAAAGUGGAUAAUGAUAAUUUGGUUUAUAUACCAAAAAUCAAACCCAGAAAGUAUUCGUUUAAACCUGAAGCAGAAAAAGAAAGUCUAACUUAUCGGUUAAAACGAGAAAAAAAUAAUGAUGCAGUACGAAAAUCCCGUUCGAAAGCAAAACAACAACAAAAAAUGAAGGAUGUUCAAAUUGCUAGUUUACAGUGUUGCGUUAAGGCACUCGAAAAGACCAUAAGCGAGAAAGAAAGUCGUAUUUCAGUUUUGCAAAAUUUGCUUAAAGAUACUCAAAAUCAGAAUAAGAAAUUGUCAAAUGAAUUAAAAACGCUAAAACGACAAAUAAAUAUGCUUAAUUUGCUUAAUGAUUGUUGUCAAUGCUCGCGCAAAUCCGACUGCUGA